CUGGGCUGGGGACCCGGGCUGGGGACCUGGGCUGGGCGGCCAGUCCACAGCCCGCGGAAAGCAGGCGCUGCCCGCUCAAUCAGUCCCCUUUGGGGAGGGAAGGGGGAUCGGGGUCCCCAGCCCCUGGCGGCCGCUCCGUCCGCCCCUGGGCCAUGUCCCCUGCCUCUCUGCUCGGCCACGGGCGGGGACUUGAUCCCUUGAGCUGAGCGCUAGACCGCGUUGACUUUUCUGCCCCCAACAACUGAACCAUGCCAUGUGCCCGGAGGAGCUGGCUUGCAAGGCUCUCCGUUGUAGCUCAGCUCCUUAACUUUGGGGCCCUUUGCCAUGGGAGACAGGCUCAGCCCGGCCCGGUGCACUUCCCGGACAGGAGGCAAGAGCAUUUCAUCAAGGCCCUGCCUGAAUACCACGUGGUGGCCCCUGUCCGGGUAGACGCCAGCGGGCGGUUUCUGUCCUAUGGCUUGCACCCUCCCAUCACCAGCAACCGGAGGAGGAGAGAUUUGGCUGGCCCGGAGGAUCGGGCCUAUUACAGGAUUUCACAUGAGGACAAGGACCUGUUCUUUAACUUGUCGGUCACUCAGGGAUUUCUUUCCGAAAGCUAUAUCUUGGAGAGGAGACACGGGAACCUGUCCCACGUGGAGAUGGUGGCUUCCUCGGCGCCCCCCUGCCACCUGACGGGCACGGUUCUGCAACAGGGCACCAGGAUGGGGACUGCCGCACUCAGCGCCUGCCAGGGACUGACUGGGUUUUUCCAUCUACCACAUGGAGACUUCUUCAUUGAGCCCAUCAAAAAGCAUCCAGUGGCUGAGGGAGAGUACCACCCACACAUCAUUUAUAGGAGGCUGAGGCAGAGAGUUCCAGAACAGAAGGAACCAACAUGUGGAUUAAAGGAUGGCCUUGCCACCUCCCAGAAGCUGGAGCGACAGAGGGAGAAGUGGGAGAGGAACCACUGGCCCAGGAAAGGUCUGUCUCGGCGUUCCAUCAGCAAAGAGCGAUGGGUGGAGACGCUGGUGGUGGCUGACACGAAGAUGAUCGAGUAUCAUGGGAGUGACAGUGUGGAGUCCUAUAUCCUCACCAUCAUGAACAUGGUCACUGGGUUGUUCCAUAACCCAAGCAUUGGCAAUGCAAUUCACAUUGUUGUGGUUCGGCUCAUUCUCCUUGAAGAAGAGGAGCAAGGAUUGAAAAUAGUUCACCAUGCAGAGAAGACACUGUCCAGCUUCUGUAAGUGGCAGAAGAGCAUCAAUCCGAAGAGUGACCUCAACCCUGCCCAUCAUGAUGUGGCUGUCCUCCUCACCAGAAAAGACAUCUGUGCUGGUGUCAAUCGCCCCUGUGAGACUCUAGGUCUGUCUCACCUGUCAGGAAUGUGCCAGCCUCACCGGAGUUGUAACAUCAAUGAAGACUCUGGACUCCCUCUGGCUUUCACAAUUGCCCAUGAGCUCGGACACAGCUUCGGCAUCCAGCACGAUGGGAAAGAAAACGACUGUGAGCCCGUGGGCAGGCACCCAUACAUCAUGUCCCGCCAGCUCCAGUACAAUCCCACCCCACUGACGUGGUCCCAGUGCAGCAAGGAGUAUAUCACCCGCUUCCUGGACCGGGGCUGGGGGUUCUGUCUUGAUGACACCCCCCAAAAGAAAGGCUUGAAGUCCAAAGUCAUUGCCCCUGGAGUGAUCUACGAUGUUCACCAUCAAUGCCAGCUGCAGUAUGGCCCCAAUGCCACCUUCUGCCAGGAAGUAGAAAAUGUCUGCCAGACCCUGUGGUGCUCAGUGAAAGGCUUUUGUCGCUCUAAGCUGGACGCUGCUGCAGAUGGGACGCGAUGUGGUGAGAAGAAGUGGUGUAUGGCUGGCAAGUGUAUCACAGUGGGGAAGAAACCAGAGAGCAUUCCUGGGGGCUGGGGCCGCUGGUCACCCUGGUCCCACUGUUCCAGGACCUGUGGGGCCGGAGCCCAGAGUGCAGAGAGGCUCUGCAACAAUCCUGAACCAAAGUUUGGAGGGAAGUACUGCACUGGAGAAAGGAAGCGCUAUCGCUUGUGCAAUGUCCACCCCUGCCGCCCGGACACACCAACCUUCCGGCAGAUGCAGUGCAGUGAGUUUGACACCGUCCCCUACAAGAACGCCUUCUACCGCUGGUUUCCAGUUUUUAAUCCAGCACAUCCUUGUGAGCUCUACUGCCGACCCAUAGAUGGCCAGUUUUCCGAGAAAAUGCUGGAUGCUGUCAUUGAUGGUACCCCUUGCUUUGAAGGUGGCAACAGCAGAAAUGUCUGUAUUAAUGGCAUAUGUAAGAUGGUCGGCUGUGACUAUGAGAUCGGCUCCAACGCCACGGAGGAUCGCUGCGGUGUGUGCCUGGGGGACGGCUCGGCCUGCCAGACCGUGAAGAAGAUGUUUAAACAGAAAGAAGGAUCUGGUUAUGUUGACAUUGGACUGAUUCCAAAAGGAGCGAGGGACAUACGGGUAAUGGAGGUUGAGGGAGCUGGAAACUUUUUGGCCAUCAGGAGUGAAGAUCCCAAAAAGUAUUACCUCAAUGGAGGUUUUAUUAUCCAGUGGAACGGGAACUACAAGCUGGCAGGGACCAUCUUCCAAUACGACAGGAAAGGGGACCUAGAGAAACUGAUGGCCACAGGCCCCACCAAUGAGUCGGUGUGGAUCCAGCUUCUGUUCCAAGUGACCAACCCUGGCAUCAAGUAUGAGUACACAAUCCGGAAAGAUGGCCUUGACAAUGACGUGAACAAACUGGUGUACUUCUGGCAGUAUGGCCGCUGGACAGAGUGCAGUGUAACGUGCGGGACAGGUAUUCGCCGCCAGACUGCCCAUUGUGUGAAGAAAGGCCACGGGAUGGUGAAAGCUACCUUUUGUGACCCAGAAACACAGCCCAACGGGAGACAGAAGAAGUGCCAUGAAAAGGAUUGUCCACCCAGGUGGUGGGCAGGGGAGUGGGAAGCAUGCUCAGCAUCGUGUGGGCCCCAUGGAGAGAAGAAGCGAACAGUGCUAUGCAUCCAGACCAUGGGCUCUGAUGAGCAGGCCCUCCCAUCUAAAGACUGCCAGCACCUGCUGAAGCCCAAGACCCUCAUUUCCUGCAACAGAGACAUCUUGUGUCCUUCAGACUGGACCGUGGGCAACUGGAGUGAGUGUUCCGUGUCCUGCGGUGGUGGAGUGCGGAUCCGCAGCGUCACGUGUGCCAAGAACCAUGAUGAACCUUGCGAUGUGACCAGGAAACCCAACAGCCGAGCCCUCUGUGGGCUCCAGCAGUGCCCGUCCAGCCGCAGAGUCCUGAAGCCCAACAAAGGCGCGAUUUCCAGUGGGACAAAGCCGUCGGCAUCCAAGCCGGAGCCCCCGAAGGCCACCCCGGAGCCCAUCCCGGAGCCCAUCCCAAAGGCCACCCCAAAGCCCAUCCCGGAGCCCAUCCCGAAGGCCACCCCGGAGCCCAUCCCAGAGCCCAUCCCGAAGGUCACCCCGAAGGCCACCCCCGAGCCCAUCCCGGAGCCCAUCCCCAAGGUCACCCCGGAGCCCAGCCCGGAGCCCACCCCGGAGCCCAGCCCAGAGCCCACCCCGGAGCCCAGCCCGGAGCCCAGCCCGAAGGUCAUCCCGGAGCCCACCCCAGAGCCCAGCCCGGAGCCCAGCCCGGAGCCCAGCCCGGAGCCCACCCCGGAGCCCAGCCCGGAGCCCAUCCCGAAGGUCACCCCGGAGCCCACCCCGGAGCCCAGCCCGGAGCCCAGCCCGAAGCCCACCCCGGAGCCCAGCCCGGAGCCCAUCCCGAAGGUCACCCCGAAGGUCACCCCAGAGCCCAUCCCGAAGGUCACCCCGGAGCCCACCCCGGAGCCCACCCUGGAGCCCGUCCCUCCGACUCCUCGCAGCCCCGGGUCGCCGUCCACACCGCCGGGGCCCGAGUCCCUGAGCACGAGCGCCCGGGCGGCGCGCAUCCCGCCUCCCCCCACGGCCCCCGGGGGCGCCCGGCCCCCCCUCGCGUCCCGCCCGAGCAUCCAGCCGCGCGAGGCGAGCGUCCCCGCCUGGGACCCGGGUCCCACCUCCGAGGGAGACUUUCCCGCCGCGACGGUGGGCGGUUCCCGUUGGCCGCGGCCCGGCGCGCCUGCGUGGGGGCAGGUGACCCCCGCCUACGGCCCCGGGGCCAAAGAGGCAGGAGGGGACGCUCACAGCGGCUCCGGGGAAGGCGGCGAACAGUCUGAGAACAGAAGUGAAAACCACUCGGUCGCCUGGACCCAAACCCGAGCUCCCGCAGAGGAUGCUCCGGGGGCGCCGGGGGCGGAGAUGCCCCUUGGGGCGCCCCCAACGCCGUCCCUCGGGGCGGCGUCCCCGCGGGCCCCGUCCGGCCCCGACCCAGGGCCCGCUCCGCCGCCAGCCGAGGCGCCGGGCCCCGGGAGGCCAGCGCGCCCCCCCGCGCCCCGCGCAGGCCCCGGGCCAGCGGCCCCCCGCAGCGCCCCCCCGCCGCGGAGCCCCGGGCCCGGCCUGGCCGAGGCCGACGCGGAGGCCCUGAUCGCCGAGGGCUUCUUGCUCAACGCGUCCGGUUACCAGCGGCUCCUGCAGGGCGGCGGCUCCGCGCACUGGAUUGCGGGGAACUGGAGUGAGUGCUCCACCACCUGUGGCCUGGGGGCCUACUGGAGAAGCGUGCAAUGUAGCACCCACGUGGACUCUGACUGCGCCACCAUCCAGAAGCCUGACCCCGCUAAGAGAUGCCACCUCCGUCCCUGUGCCAGCUGGCAAGUGGGGAACUGGAGCAAGUGCUCCAGAAACUGCAGCGGGGGCUUCCAGAUCCGGGAGAUUCAGUGCGUGGACAGCCGGGAUCACCAGAGCCUGAGGCCAUUUCACUGCCAGUUCCUGGCUGGCAUUCCUCCCCCACUGAGCAGGAGCUGUAACGUGGAGCCCUGUGAGGAGUGGCAGGUGGAGCCCUGGAGCCAGUGUUCCAGGUCCUGCGGAGGCGGAGUUCAGGAGCGAGUGGUGACUUGUCUGGGAGGUCUCUGUGACUGGACAAAAAGGCCCACGCCCAAUGCGCCCUGCAACAGCCAGCCUUGCUGUCACUGGGCCACUGGGAACUGGGACCUGUGCACUGUUUCCUGUGGAGGUGGCUUUCAGAAGAGGACUGUUCAUUGUGUCUCCUCAGAGGACAAUGCAACUGAAGACAGAUGCCGGUGUGAUCACGAACCCAGACCUCCAGAAUUCCAAAAAUGCGGCCAGCAGGCCUGCGAGAAGAGUCCUGAUUUACUUUGCACCAAGGACAACUUAUCAGCCAGUUUCUGCCAAACACUAAAAUCCAUGAAGAAAUGCUCUGUGCCCACUGUGAGGGCUCAGUGCUGCCUCUCCUGUUCCCAGACACGCAUCGUCCUCACCCGAAGGCCAAGAAAGCCACAGUCGCUCAAAAACCCCAAAGGAUUCUAAGUCUGAAGGAAGUCACCCCGCACCACGGAAUGCAGCAGCCCACUGACUGACUCUCCCACGUUCUACCCCAGGGACCACUUCACUGAGGUUUUUUGGGGCCAACUUUGGCUGCAAACAAAAUUCACUGUGUUUUUUAGUCACAAAAUGCCCUUGCAAAAGGCAUGGGACUGAAGUGCCUGCUGCUCCUUGAUAGGCAGGUGAGAUAUCCAGGAGGAUCAGGCAUCUCCUGGGAUGGGCUCCUGGGGAAAGGUGCCAAAUUAGGUUAAGUCAGUGACAUGAUGUCUUUUCCCCCUUAAAAAUAAAAACAAAGGCACCAGAUUUUUCCCAGACUGCUUCAGGAGUAUCAGGAAAUAGAACCACAUGUAUCCAGGGAACAAAUCAUUGUAUCCAUUUACCUUUGUGAAAUCAUCCUUUUUUUCCCUCCCUACUUGGGGAAGCUGCUGUUUCAUAUGUCAAUGUCAUGGGAGAGCUUUCAGGAACAUUCCUUUAAUUCCCCCAGGCAGAGGGCCACUUUCUUCAGCCAGUACUCAACUGGGGCAGGGAGAGAGAGUGCUGGCUAUAUCACUCAGUCCCUAUAGGUGCGGUAUCUGGGCUGUUUAGAUUCCUGUGCCUGCUUAGAGACACGAGAAUAAGAGGAAAUCAUCAGAGGCUGUAGGAUUUAGUAAAGGUAAGGAAUUUAGCUUAAUUACAUGGAAGACAUUUAUGACUCAAGGAUAAUUUCCAUGAAAAACUCUUAAAGAGGAAAUGAAUAGAAAUCAGUUUCUUCUGGUAUAAGAAAAGAAACAUGAACCUUUAUUCUUCCCAGUUUCCUGCCAAAUACCUUUCCUUUGGAGAAGAGCAGAUGAGUCUUCCUGUCUGACUUUUCCUCUCCAGCAUGUUCCCUGCCUGAGUCAUCAACUCAGAGGCCCAACUGUCUUUCCACUGCUGGGCGUUUACACAAACAGCUGCCAUAGCCAGGUCCGUGGCUACAAUACACCCCCACCUACCCCUAGGAUGGGAAUGGAGCUCAAGAUUUAAAUAUUUCAGAGAACCAGGUAAAAUUCAUUAAGUACAAGAACUUGAUACAAACUUCUAGUCUUGAGGAAAAAAAAAAAAACCUCAAAAGUGAGAUAAACAUGACCUACUCCCCAGUACUCCCAAUAGUUACUUUUGAGGGGGGAGCAGGUAAGUCAGGAGAGUCCAAAACAGUAAAAUGAACAUGCAAAUGCUUGUUCUUGAUGUUCUCACCACCUAUCGGGAAGCUGUGGUCUCAAAUACAAGGCAAAUAUCCUAGUUUCUAAGGGGAGGCAUCUACAUAAACUGAACCCAGACAGCAAGGAUGGGUGGGUGGGUGGGCCUCAAGGGGAAGAAGUCUUCAGAACCAGCUCUUGACAGGGGGGAAGACAGGGAUGUGGCCUUCACGUAAGGAGCAGCAUAUUAGACUCAUGCGCAGGCCCAGCACAGUUACUACUCACCAGGAGCACAGUGUCCCGCAGCUCCCUUGAAUUACCUACCCCUUCAGCAGAAUGGUGCUAUUGAAAAACGGUGCUAAUAUCUAGAUGGUGGCAGGACGAGUAUAAACCUAUAGAUACUUGUACGAGUGGGCAAGUCCAUCUACAGCUGUUAGAUGUGUAAUGGUGUUGCUGGCCAAUGCCGGUUUUACUGCUUGGAUACCAGAAGCUUAAAAUUGUUUUUGAUGUGCUUUUAUUUUUCAAGCCAUUAAUGUGUAAUUAUUCUGAUAAAUUCCUGUGGAAAAUAAAACACUGGGGCUGGGAGGGAACUUAAGAAGAAAAACAGGAUGAAAACAGAUAUGUUUACCUAAAGCCAGGGGGUUUAUUUCUUGAUAAUGACAUUCCUGUGUUCUCUGUCUUUAAAUGCAAACAUUGCUGGCUGGUGACACUCUCUGGUGAAAUAACCAUUUUAGAGAGAAGAGACUUAAAUUGUUAGUGACGUGAGUGGAGGAUAUACUGAUUUUUUUUUCACAGACUAUCCUGCAAGUAGAGUGUGGACUUUCAGGGCGCUGAAUUUAGUCAUCUGGGCUGAGUUACUUCACCUGGUACUGUACUAGCUAUCAUGGGCUUCUGCGUGUCAUCAGGGACCUGGAUAUGACUAGUCUUUCAAAACUCAGGAACAAACCCAGAUCUCUACUGACCUCAGCAAACUCAACAAGGCCAGAUUUCCCAAUUCACAAAAUGGGCCAUGUUAUUUAUGACCUACAUGGUGGAGAGGAUGAUAGACAUGUGGGGAGGGGUCUGGCCAGAUACUCUAUUCUAGGCCUUUCUCUAGUUUCUCAAAGACAGGAAGUUAGCCCCUGAUCAUGCACACGUUCGCUUCCUAUUUGGAGGCUGUGUUGUGGGAUAGCUGUGUGGCAUCCAUCAUUCUGGUCUCCAGGAUAGAAAUAGCCCUUGCUGUUAGUCAUCUGACACAGUUGUUACCUUGACAGUCACUCAGCUUUGGAUCAUCAGGGUUUUGACAGGUCCCUGUGCUUGCAAUCGGAGAGGGGAGGCUCUGAAGACAAGAACUUACAUGCUGUCUUCUCCAUUCCUUUGAUACUCAUGAGGGACAGCACAGAGCUGCAUCACUGGUUUGUUUAAUACUUGUCUUCUUUUCUUCCCACCUUGAACAAGCAAGUGAAAAGUGUAGCAAGACACACUGGAUACACAUCUCCCAUGAACCAGAGAAGCCACACAGUGUCUGGUGCUUAAAUCCAGCAAGGUUCUUGAGCCCACUUUGGUUUACAUUGCCUUUCACAUGGUAGAGUUCACUGUACUCUGAAAAGUGGUGGGCUAAUUUAAUUCUUGAACGUUAAAACAUAAUGCACCAUGAGAAAACAAUAUUUCAAGAGACCCGUGAAUACUUUUCUAAACAAUCAUUUUGUGGAUAUGACAAUUGCCUCUUCGUGGGAAUGACUUGUUUUAUGAUGGGUUUUCUUGGUGCAAUCAUCCCAGUGUGGUGCUUUCAGAUAUUUAGUGAAUGUUUUUGAUAACUUUCCUCAAGUUUCUGAAACCAAUUUGAGAGAUUUGUAUUGUAUCAUAAUUUCCCAAUCAGUUGGCUAAAAUUCUUCAGACUCUAAAAGCUACACAUUACCACCGCAGAGAUUGCAGGUCUUAGCUCUUCUUCCACUAACUUUAAGAUAAAGUCCUGGAACAGUGUAUCUGGUGCUCACUACACAGCGAUUCACUUUCAGGGGAGAGACCACAUGACAUGAACUGCCUGGUGCUGUAACUUAGCCAACAUUUUGGAUGCUACUCCUGUUUUGUUGCAUUGCUAAUUCAAAUAUUAUUAUUCGUAUUAAUUAUUAUUUUAAGUUAUGUCAUUUAAAAAAAACAUAGUUCAACCUAUUAUUGUCCUCCAAAGUGGUUGUAUGAUGUAUAUGGCCCAACCUAUUUGCUAUCCCUACAUCUCUGUGCAGCACUGCUUUGCAAGGCCAAGCCUCCUUAAGGGGUACCUUGGUGGGUACCUCAGUAUUUAAAACCAGAUUGUAUUCAUAGCCUGCCAUUGCGUGGCAUUAAUAAAUGGCUGAACUCA